AUGAGAAUUUAUGUGACGCUGAUGUGGGAGCCGGGGCCAGAACCACGAGAUGGCUCCAGGCGAGAGGAGCUGCGCGAUGUGUCUGAUCACAGGGCUCCGGAGCAGAGGCCAGGGUUUAGUACAGCGGCCCCACCCUCUCCCAUACAGCAGGGGGCAGCGAAAGGCUUGAGGCGAGUGACCGCGGUGCCACAUCCGGACGGAGGACUCGUCGAACCGUCAAACUCGCUCAAAAUCUCCACCACGUUUGUUUGUGAGAGUGAGCGACUGCGAGGAGGUCGAGUGGUCAACAAUCACUGCAACCCUCGCGGUCUGGUGCCCUCAUCCCGCCGCUGUGUUCCUUAUGCCAGUCUGGCCCCGGCUGCAGCAGAUGGCACGGCACGGUACGGCCUGGCAAAAGGCCACACACCACUGACCAUAUGGGAAUUCUGGGAAAGUGAGAUGAGCAGGACGGCUACCUGGCUGGCAGAGUCUACAAACGAAGACGGACGAGCCAAGAAACACGUGGAGAUUCGAGGAAUGGUGUUGUCGUCGUCAGUCUGGCACAUGGCGUACGGCUCAAGGCUGGAUUCAGAAUGUCGCCGAAACUGGAUCGAGGAGGAAAAUGACAAUCUAACAGAGUGUGUAGAUGUGGGAAAAGACAUUCGAGAUGUGUAG